AUGGAUUCUGCUGUACUAGAAGGUUUAUUAAUAGCCAUCAAGGAUGCUGUAUCUGGCAACCGUGGUGAAGACGACGUUGUAUUGCCACCAUUUGAUCCAGAUAAAAAUGACAAUGGCGCAGAAAGCUGGUGCAACAAUAUCGACACUAUAGCUAAGGAUCGUGGAUGGAGCAGCAUCACUACUGUUAGCAAAGCCGGUAAAACCCUUAAGGGAUCUGCUCUAUUAUGGUUCGAGACAUGGGAUCCCGAUGAAG